AUGGAAAACGACAAUCAGACGCCUCAAAUGGAGCAUCCUACCCUUCCACACGACUGCCUAUGGCACGUUGACACACCUCAACCAAUCUCCCAAGAACAGUGGCCCACAGAAGGUCUUCAAUGGGGUUCAGAUCCCAGCUUUUGCUAUCACGGCUAUUCUAGCCCAAUCGGCACCUGGACAGAAGAGCGGCUUGUGCAGAACUUGAUGCGGAACAUGGCCAGUUUCUGUGCCACCAUGGACAUUAACUUCGAUGUCCCCCAAAGCAUAGACGAGCCAUCUCAAAGGUGUAUACUGGGUCUAUCGGAACUGGAUGGAUUCACCUUUCCCAUGUUCCAGUCCUCGAUGGUCCCACAAGAUGAAAGACUAUCCGAAACACCAUCCUCGCCAUCUUCGUCCUCGUCGAUCCAAGGCCAAAUAUUAUCCCCGGAUGAUACCGAAUGCACACAACGGGCAAGCUGCGUCAAAGCCAGGACCCGAUCUGGGCAAAAGAAGAGAAAAUGUAUACAAAAGCCAGGACAGAAAUUGUGCCAUUGCCGAUCGGAGAAGAAGAGAAGAGAGUUUGUUAGAGACCGAUAUAAAGAACUCUGUCGUAUUGUGCCAGGACUUCAGAAACAGGAAUAUACAAGGAAAUAUGUUCUCGAGGAGACUGCAUUGUGGAUCCAAAGAUUGGUGCAGGGCAAUGAUGCCCUUUAUCAACAACUAGGGCAGUUAAAGGAACAAGAGAAGUUGAAACAGUUGCGAUUAUUUCCUGUUGAUGACGACGAAACGGUGGGCUGCUAG